GCAAAUGCAAUUGCAAUUGCAAUUGCAUCAUGAUGUCUUUUCUCUCUCUCCCAGUCCCAGUGCAUGAUUGAACACUCCCAACCUCCCCUCCUAACGUGGCAGUCUCUCAUUCGCUCAUUCUCCCUCGUCGGGAUUCAUACCAACAUUAAACAUAGCUGCUACCUUCUCUCUCUCUCUGUUUAUGCUCUGUCUCUCACUCACACCCAAACGUCACUUUCUCUCUCUUCUUUCUCUCUCCUCUAUCUACUUCAUUUUCGUUUCUCUGAAUUUCUCUUCUCACAAUCAAGCAAUGCAAAUGCAUGAUCUCUUCUUUUUCUUCUUCUCUGCUUCUUCGAUUUCUGAUUAAUAAUUAGGGUUACUGUUACUACUAUUUUUUCAAUUUUGGGGGAAAAUGCUGGAAGCAACAAUGGAAAGCUCUUCAGUCAAUGGUGGUGGUGAUCGAUUCUCUCAGUUGCAGAGCUGUGGAGAUAGCAGCGAAGAAGAGCUCUCCGUGCUCCCUCGUCACACCAAGGUGGUUGUCACCGGAAACAACCGCACCAAAUCCGUACUCGUUGGUCUUCAGGGAGUUGUCAAGAAAGCCGUUGGCCUCGGUGGUUGGCAUUGGCUGGUUCUUACUAAUGGUAUUGAAGUGAAGCUGCAGAGGAAUGCCCUUAGUGUGAUUGAAGCACCCACCGGGAAUGAGGAAGAUGAUGACCUUGAAUUUGAAAAUACGCAGUGGAAUGGAUCCGAUAUGGCAUCUGAUGACACACAAAAGUCCCACAAAUCAAGGCACAGGACACAUAGAUCAUUAGGAUCAUCUCACAAGACUACAAGCAGGUCCUUCUCUGCUGAUUCCCAGUCUAAAGGAUCAAUUUCUAUGCCCCAUGGAUGGACGAAGGUUGACUUGAGCAAAUUGGAGAUGGCUGCAUUGUGGAGAUAUUGGCGACACUUCAAUCUGGUGGAUGCUGUCCCUAACCCAUCGAAAGAGCAGCUAGUAGAUGUUGUUCAGAGGCAUUUCAUGUCCCAGCAAAUGGACGAGUUGCAGGUGAUUAUGGGAUUUGUCCAAGCUGCUAAGAGGCUCAAGACUAUGUGCAAAUGAUGGAGAGAAGCAAAGAGAUUUAUAAGUUAUAUUGUCUGUGCUAACAAGAGAUAAUAGUAUCUAAUAUGAAUAGCCACUUCCCUUUGUUCUCUGUAACAUAUUUAGCGAUGCUUUGUAUCUUCUGAAUCUAAAUUAGUACUAGGUUAAUUAUAUGAGGUUAUAGUAGGGAGGCUCUUGCUAUUUUAUAGCCACCUAGUUAUGUAGAUAUACGACCUUGAGACUUGAUGUUCAGUGAAGUCUAAGCUUUUGAUCAAAAUGUAUUGCUGACCUGGGAAGUGGGUUUUCUGAGAUUUCAAUGUAUAUAUCUUUUUCUUCUAA